CUGAGCGCUUCUGUCAUAUGAGUCCAGUAGGGGGAAAAGCGCACAGAGCCGAACAUCCAAUGGGCCAAUCUCAGCGAGUUCACUCACUGUCUGGAUUUCGUCUGCAGCCAGCGCUCGUGUGGACCGAGUGAUACACACCUGGUAGACGAAGAGUUAGUUGGAGAGUUUCUUUUUAUCACCAAAGAAGAAGAAGAAGAAGAAGAAGAAGCGCAAAAAAAAGACGCAGCGAUGAUUUCACUUCGAAAUCACUGAGAACCGCAUCCUCCUGGCGUAGCAUCCAAUCGUUCACCUCCUUGUGGGAAGAUGCAGAGGAGUUACAGGAUGAAUUCCGCGUUCGUGGCUGUGUUACUUGGAGUGUUCGGGGCUCUGGCCAGUACAGAGGACUGUCCGUCGGGCCAGUAUACAACCAGUGGGGAAUGCUGCAAGCAGUGUCAGCCCGGAGAGGGUGUCAUCAAACCAUGCGGAUCCAUGCAGACUGUCUGCGUCCCUUGCCUUGACAGUGAAACGUUCUCAGAAAACCUCAGUCACACAGAGAAAUGUCAGCCUUGCACACAGUGCACGGGUCUACUCCGCAUGGAGACACCCUGCACAGACUCCAAUGAUGCCACCUGCGUGUGCAACUAUGGCUACUACCUGAAUAAACUCUCUCAGCGGUGCGAAGCCUGCACCAAAUGUCCCGAGGGCCAGGGCAUGCUGCUCAGCUGUGAAUUUGACCACGACACCGUGUGUGAGGAGUGCACCUCGGACACGUACUCAGACCAGGAGAGUUCUCGAGACCCCUGCAUCCCCUGCACCACCUGUGACGAAGGGGAGGUGUUACAGUCCUGCACGUCUGUCAGUGAUACAGUUUGUCUAGUUACAUACCCUCCAGUGUCUCCUACGCCCUCUAUGGAUGCCUCAGCACCAACCAUUUACGAACCUUUACCAGACAGUCCUCCAACUGAUGUCCGCACAGACAGCACCACCACCACCACCAAUGGUGAUUCCCAGGAGCGGAUUUACCAGAGCCUGAACGACAAACUCAUCCCCAUCUAUUGCUCCAUCCUGGCAGCUGUCGUGGUCGGCCUUGUGGCCUUCAUCAUCUUCAAAAGGUGGAACAGCUGUAAGCAAAAUAAGCAAGGAGCCAACAACUGCACAACUAACCAAAACCAGACGCCAUCACCUGAGGGCGAGAAGCUGCAUAGCGACAGUGGCAUUUCUGUGGACAGCCAAAGUCUGCAGGAGCAGCAGGGCCAGACUCAGGCUCAGACAGUUGUCACCAUGGAUGAAGAGCCUUGUUUACUCCUUCCUCUUCAAACCAGAGAGAAAGUGGAGAAGCUGCUGUUCCGGGGCAGUGAAGGAGACAACUGCGACCACAUGGACGACAGUGACUGGUGCAACCUGGCAGGCCUCCUGGGAUACGAGGAGGAGCGGAUUGCAACCUUCCGGCAGGAAGAGCACCCCGUCCGUGCACUCCUGUCCGACUGGGCGAGCAAGGACUGCGCCAGCAUCGAUGCCCUGUGCACGGCGCUGCGCAAGAUCAACCGCGACGACAUCGCCCAGAGCCUGGUGCUCAGCCCAAGUGCUGCAAAGCCAACCGCCACCUCUAUGGUGUGAUUUAGGCUUAACAGAGAGCAAACCACCCGAACCCUAACUGUAAUAUUCUUCCAUGUCCUCCCUCAAUCCACUUAAUUCAUGCUAGAACCACUUUAGGCUAUUCCCUCAUAAAGCCAGCAGUCAGAGUGAUCAAAUGCCGUGAACCCUGAUGAAUCAUUUCAUGUUUAAAUCAAGGGUUAAGACAGGAAAAUGCCAGAGGUCAGAAAAAAACAAAUGAAUAUUAACAUGUUGAAUCAAAUGAAUGAAAAAGACACAAUAACUCUUCAUUUAACUAUCAGGGUGUGCUUAUAAUCACCCAUUCAAACAUUUUAAUAUUCACACAACGUAAACCUAUGUGGAAAGUCUGUUAUCAUUCCAUUGUGAGCCUGGAAUAUCCACCCGCCUUUCCACACUAUUUGACAUCCAGCUGAUCAUUUGAUCUGACUUCAUAAACCAUGGAGCAGCAGCGGCAUUUGAACUGAAGUUAAUGUGGAUUCCUGGCUCUUGAUCCUCUGCAUCUUUCUUCUUCAUUCUUGAACAACAGUAGUCAGUAUUGUAUGUCUAAAUGUUGCUUUUCAAAUCUAUACUACCAAAGAGGAGUAAAUGUCUCCAGACCAUACCUGACAAGCAACAUUAUUUACAUGCCAUGUUAGACUUUUUGAAUUUAAGUUGACAAAUGGCUUGUGUCGGUUACGGAUACCAGAUGAGGCCUGCAUACCACAGAGUAUCUGGAUCUUUGCAAAUAUGACAAUCUGAGGAAAGAUGCUUGGACACAUUUCAAGUGAACUUGUUCUCCUUCAGCAAAAAUGAAAGCCAAGUACAACCAUUUACUCUUACUUUAAAUACAUGUGUUAGAUUUAAGACAUUAAGCUGCAGCACAUGUGGAAUUAAUCUUAACUUAAUCUUAACUUUUCUGCAGACCCCCCACCCCCCAAUCCCAGCAAAUUCUAUGAGUGCUGCUGGCUGGACUCUGACAACCAGGUGGUCUGUGGGGCAGGUCAUUGACAGAGGCAACAUGAGACUCUGCGUAACACAGGAGCUCCUUCAUACUGACCCAGAAAAGGGAAAGACUUGGGACUGAAAACUCAAGUCACUCAGUAACAUUCACGUAUACUGUAUGUACAUAAGAAGACAAGUGCACACACCAAAUAGAUACAUACACAUACUGUACAUACAUACAGCACACAUAGAGACCUACAGUAUGUAGCCAUGCAUGCAUGCACUAUACAAACACACACACAGAUCAUGUAAGUAUUUACAUUCUUGUGUAAUCUAGAGGACACAGAAAACUUCAGAACCUGCCAUAUACUGUAUUGAGCACUCUCAUGUGGGGACCAUAUACUGUAAUCUCGCUAUUAGUAGAAAAUAUAAGGUAACUCUGUGUCUUAAAAAUAUGUCUAAAAAUCAUAUAAUUUUCAAUGUGUGCUAUAGAUGGUGAAAUGCUACAUUUACAGUAAACAGCAUGCAGAAACUAGCAAGUCAUCAUCAGCCAGUGCACAAAUUCCAAGACAAAACAAAUGCACAUACGAAGUACAAAGUGACCAGGAUGCAAAGCAAAAAUAUCCAGGGUUUUCUAUCUUUUUGCUUCAUUUCUCAGGGUAUCUUGAAUGAUUGUGCUGCAUCACCCUCUGUAAUUAACUGAACAAGCUAUAAUUGUUCAAGAGGAGACACGGUUUUCAUCCAAAGCAGUGAUUCUUGCGACCGACAAUCCUUCAAGCAGGAAGAGGGAAACAGGCCAGAGAGAGAAGAAAGAGGGUGUCUUGUUUCCUCAUUGUUUGCAACAAUGACUUCUGGAUAAAAGGCAAGUCAGCAGAGACAUAAGUCAAAGGAUGUGGAAUGAAUUCAGACCGAGGGAAAGCGGAAAAGUUUUGGAUUACUUAAACGUAAAGGUGAAACCCAGGAAUCUGCACUUGUAUUAUUCAGCUUGUUUAUGUAAAAACAUGCAUCCCUCGCGUCCAGGCAGUAUGUGCUUUCUACUUUGUAUUUGUUGAUUUUUAUUUUCCAAAGCAUAUUUCAACAUUGUAAUUAGGACAUUAUUAUCGUGCUACCAACCGGGGACCCCUAUAACCUACUUUUUUCCUUUUGUUUAUUGUAUGUUUUGGGGAAAAUGUGAAGGAGCAAAUAGUUUACUGUGCUAAACCAUACCUAUAUCACCAAUUUCAUCUGUUACUCUUGGGUACAGAUUGUACAUUGUUACUAACCACUAGCCUACUGAGCUUCAUGCUGUAGUGUUACUUUAAAUGAAGGUGUUUUCACGCUACUCUCUGAGGGUUAUUAUAUUUUAACUCCCAAAUAACACUUGUAAAUGGUAUUAUCUUAUUGUCCUAGAUCGUAGCACUUAAAUGUGUAAUUAUGUAUGUCUGUUUUGCAUCACAAGUGCCUGGGAACAAUUUCAGGUGUCCGCUGAUGUUGUACAUUUUUUGUUAUUAGCUGUUUUUGUAAGUUUAUCUUCUUUAAUUGUUGUUUUUUUUUAACUUGUAAAUAAUUUAUAAUUUUCUAGUUUUUGUUUUGGUUAAAGCCUGGAUAGUUCCACUGUACAAUAUGUGAAUGGGUCUUUGUUACAAUAUCAGUGCUGGGCUAGUUGAAAAGAAAAGGGAAAGGGAAAGCAGGUACGUUUGUGAAGCAUUCGGCAAAUAAGGUAGUGUGUCCUUCAGACUGGACACAAAUAGGGAACACAAAUUUAGGGAAAACAUAAGACUAAUCAGAGCUUACUCACUUUUUUGUUGAAAGCUAUAUGAGAAGACGUGUCACAAUUAUUGCACUUGAGAGUAACAAAGUGAUCAUGCAGAUGGUGGUGGACGGUUGGAGAGGGGUAACUAAAAGACUGUCUUUGGAUUUUAAGGGGGGAAAAAAGCCCUGGUUAUGUAGCUCAUAGUGACAAGACUGACUGAGAAAUACUGAAUGUUCCUUGUAUACUAAUACAUAUACUGUACUAUACUUAAUGUGAAUUUGCAAAAUUCCUACAACAGACAAGCAGUAAAACCACUAAUAAAGCUCUUAAAUCCA